AUGACUUUCUCAGAUAGUCUUCGUGAAUCUGAUUCUGAAUUUGUACAAAUUCAAAGCGAACAUUUUGAGGAGAUUAAAUGUCGCUACCUCAAGCAGGCAACUGCUAUUGCUCUUAAAGUGCAACAUAAGGAACUCAAAACUCUUAACAUCAAAUUUGGGAAUUUGGAUACGGAAUUUUUCAAUAAGACUUGUGAAUUUUUCGAUAGCCAGCAAACAGCCGCUUAUCCUACCGUUCCUCUUACAAAGGCGCUUGUCGUUGGAAUGGAGGUAGGAUUUUGUGGCCGUUAUUCGGGUGAAUUUCACUUUCCCUAUUUGAUCGAAUUGGCCAAACGUAAAUAUUGUGCCAAAUGGUCAGAAUAUCUGGACGGUCUUAAUGAGCGCCUCGCUUUAAUGACAAUCAAAGCCAAAGCCCUUGAGACUAAACGAGUCGCCGCCGAAGACACCGAAAUGGGUCUUCCGGAUGAGGCCAAGAUUAAAGAUCAUGUAUCUCAGGUGGCUGACGCAAAGUUCAAGAAACUGGAGUCUAUGAUUCGAAGCAUGUCUAGCCCGAACCCCGAGUCGCGUCAAAAAAAACAGUCCCGCCGGGAAGAAGACCCAGUCACCUGGCCAGAAACCCAAACCCAAGCAACGCCUCCAAAACGCAAAAGGUGGUUACACUGGGCAAAACAAGCGAAAGCUCGCCGGUCACUCUUCCGGAAACAAAAACGCAAAGCCAAGAACCAAGCACUAAAAGCAGCUUCUUUAGCAGUUAAAACGUCUUUAAUACAAAUAAAGUCUUCAACCAAAACUAAUGUUUUACGUUUAUUUGGUGAUCGACCGGUUUUUACUUAUAACCUUCGUAUUACGAAUUUAGCAUUUCAUGACCUUCCCCCAAAUGACACGAACCUUCCUCAUGGUCUGUCUAAAUUGUUAGGUCUCAGCUUUAAAUUCUGUCCAACACCACCCCGAAUUAAAACGGCAGCCUAUUUGGCUGGGUUUGACUCACUAAUUCGUUGUAUUAAAAUUAAUGCUGCGUUUCGUGAUAAAACCAGAUCGUACAUAUGCUAA